AUGCCCGUGGCCGCGUGCCAAGCACCUGCCGCCCUGGAGAGCCGCUUAGCCAGGAUCGAAGCAGCAAUCGACGCCUUGACAAUCAGCGACGGAACCGCUCACAUUCUCGCUGAAGAUCCGUUCCACUUUCUUUGUCAUGAUCUUUGUGUUGGUAUCAGGCAAACUUCGGCCGCGCCGCCCGACACUGCAGGCCCCGUGAUGGUACGCUACUUUAGUCUCUCUCGCACAGUCGGGAAACGAGAAUGCCCGGCAGUAGAGGCGUCGACUUCAAAUGGCACGGUAGAGCGAUUUCACCGGCAGUUGAAAGGCGCUUUAAUUGUUGGCAGUGACCCAUCUCGUUGGUCGGACGUGUUACCCUCGGGCUACUCGGUAUUAGGCACGAUGCCAUUCGUCGUGCUCUCCAACCCACCCACGAUGGACCUUUCACAAUACUUAGACGAGAAGAACAGGUUUUCAUCGUCGAACGAAGUGGAAAAGAAGGUGCCGCAUCUAUCGAUGCAGAGACGUCGCUGA